AUGGGCGAGCCAGGGCCGCCAACUGACUCGCUGGCAGCAGGCCAGGAGGCGGCGCGCGCGGAGGCAGUGUGGCCAGACGCCGGCGCCCCCCUGGCGGAGGUCUUCCGCAUGUGGCAGGAGAAGGCUGGGGCGGCUGCCGAGUCCUUCCGUCGGCCACUAGAUGCGGGCCCGAUCCUCGAGGAGCUGGUGCGAGAGUUUCCAGGGUCGCUUGGGGUCUACGUGGGCAGGUUUAUGCACAGUGGGCAUCGGCCAACUAGACGAGGGCGGCUGCAGCAUGACCUGUUGCCGCUACCCUGUCCUGAUCUCGAAGCUUCGGACUUCGCCGUGGAGGAGAAGAUUGACCCAGGCGACCUGAGCUCGCUGCAGUCUCGCUUGAGGGCGAUCGUGAUGGCUAUGAACUGGGAGGCUGGCUACCGCCACCUGAAGUGGGCGGACGUCUACGGGCCGGAGCCGAACGCAGCCCAGCGCUCGGCCCUCCUCGGGAUUGCGCGGCGCAUCUACUCGAGCGUCGGGCCCGAGCCCAUGGCCGAGACCCUCGACUGGUCCGAGAAGCUGAAGGACCGGGCCAUCGCGCACGACGGCUCGGAGAUCUCCACGCCGAGCAAGAUCACGCUGGAGCAGAUCGAGGGCGGCCUGCCGCCUGUGGGGGUAGCCGACUCCAUCGAGGCCGCGGACCUCGCCACGGGCUUCGUGCGGGCGGCGCUGCUGGACCCCUCCCUGGUCCUCCUGCCGCCGUCUCAGAGGCGCCUUGCGCCGACCUCGACGCGCGUCUGGGCGACGGCGCAGGAGUGGGAGCAGGUGGUGAGUGCCUUGUUUGCACGCGGGAUGGUUGGCCCGAUCGACGAGGGCGAGAUCGCGACCAGAGACGGGGUCCCCUUGAUCAACGGAGCCUUCGGCGUGGCGAAGGUGCACGACGCGCCAGUCCGCUGCGGCGAUGGCGAGGAGCGGCCCGUCCUUCGGCCCAUCGUCAACCUGAUCCCCGCGAACGCGUGCCAGCGCACCAUCGCGGGGGACACCCCCGUCAUGCCGACGACGGGGCAGCUGAACGGGCUGGCGCUGGCUCCAGGGGAGCAGCUGCUCUGGAGCGGGGCGGACCGCAAGGCAUUCUUCUACGUCUUCAGGGCGCCCCCCGCCUGGCGGCCCUACAUGGCGCUGGGACCGCCGGUGCCGCGGCGGCUGGUGGGCGGCAGCGGCGACGGGCUGACCCGCAUCGCGCUGAGGGUCAUCGGCAUGGGCUGGAUCAGCGCGGUCGGGGUCACGACGCACCUCCACCGCAACAUGCUGAGGCGGUCGGCCCUGGUCCCCCGCGGAAUGCCGCCUGCGGCCGAGGUGGUGCGCACCCGCCGCCAGCCUGCGGAGGCCCAGGCAGACGGCAUCGCGAUGUGGUUCAUCUACAUCGACAACCUCGAGAUCGCGGAGAUCGUGUCGAGUGAGGAGGCCGUAAAGCUGAAGGGGGCCAUCCCCGAGCUGCUGAGCCGGGCGUCGGCCUGCUACGAGGAGGCUAAGUCUCCGGGAUCGCCGGGGAAGGAUGUCCACCGCGCCCAGCAGGUGUCCACGCUGGGGGACCUCGUGGACGGCGCGGCUGGCGUGCGGCGGCCGCCGCUGGGCUACGUCACGGAGCUCACGAGCCUGACGUUGUGGUUCCUAGCGAAGAAGCGCCCGAGCAAGCGCGUGGCGCAGAUCCUACUGGGGCGCUGGGUUCGCGUGCAGUGCUACCGGAGGCCGCUCGCCGCCGCCUUCGUGAAUGCUUGGAAGUGGCUGGCGUCGGGCCGCUCGGGCGGGCUCGUCACUGUGGGCGUCGCCGAGGACCUGCUGAUUGCGGCCGCGCUCGCACCGCUCAGCGUGGCGGACAUGCGGCUGCCCGUCGACCACCUCGUGACGGCGUCCGACGCCUCUGAGGCCGCGGGUACAAUCGUCUACUCCCAGGGGAUCUCGGUCUUCUCUGGGAUCGACGGGGCGCGCCGGGCCUUCGAGAUCCUGGGCCUGGUCCCCGCGGCGCACCUGUCCUUCGAGGUUGACGCCGAGGCUGCGCGGGUGGCUCGACGAGCGCACCCCAGCACCGUGCACCUGGGAGACGCCGCGGCCGCAGACCCUGCGAAUCUGGCACGCCUCCUGCGGGGCCACGGCCGCAUCACGAAGGCACUCGUGAUCGGGGGCUCCCCGCGCCAGGGCUUCACGGUGCUGAACGUGGCCCGCGAGGGGGGCGCGGGCCCGAGGUCGCAGCUGGUGGGCCACAUGUGGAGGCUCAUCGAGGGGCUGAGGCGCGAGCUGCCCGAGGCCACGGUGGACUUCCUCGGGGAGAACGUGGCGUCCAUGGCGGAGGACGAGGUCCUGGCCUUGAACAAGAUGUUCGGCCGGGUGCUGGUGUCCCUCGACGCCGCGGACCUGGGCUGGGUCCGCCGCCCGCGGCUGCGCUGGCUGUCGUGGGACCUGCUGCCCUCCUUCGAGAUGACGGCCGAGAUGAAGGCGGCGGCGGAUGGUGCCCGGCCGCGUGCCUGCCGGGUGCGCCUGGUGACGGAGCUGCCGCCUGUCUCGGAGUGGCUGCCGCGCAGGGCCACCUGGCCCGGGGCCGCCGAGGACGGCCGCCUGCCGGCCUUCGUGCGCUGGACGCCUCGAAGCUCGCCUCGGCCGCGGCCCGCGGGGCUCCGCAAGUGCACGGCGAAGGAGGUGGCGCGCUGGACAGCAGCGGGCUACGCAGCCCCGCCCUACCAGUUCCGGGACUGCUUCUGCCUGCGCUGGGCGGAUGGGCGGGGCCACGCCGUGCCGUGCAUGAGCAGCUCCGCCGCCAAGAGCGACCCCGAGCGCUUCGAGGCCCUGCGGCGGUCGCUCGUGGGCAACUCCUUCCAGAGCUGGUCGAUGGGCCGCAAGCUGUGGGCCGGCGACGUGGAGACGCUGCGGUGUGGGCGCGAGGCCGUGUGCGAGGAGAACCUGCACCUGCUGGUGGCGGCUGGCCGCGUGCCUGCGGCUGGCGACGUGCAGCUGCCGCGGGCCGUCUACGUCGGCCGCGGGUCGCGCCGCUGGGGGCUCGCCCCCUCCAAGUGGGGGGGCCCGUGCCCUGUGGUGCCGGGGCGGGCGGCCGGCGACGCCGUGGCGCUGUUCGCGGGCUGGUUGCGCUCCCAGCCCAAGCUCCUGGACCAGCUGGGAGAGCUGGAAGGGGCUCGGCUGCUCUGCCACUGCCCCUCGGGCCAGGCCUGCCACGCGGACGUGCUGCUGGCCGAGCUGGAGCAGCGUGGCAAGGGGGUGGUGGCCUCGCUGGUGAUGACGUGCCACCACUCAGGCGCUGACCUUCGAGUGGAUACCGAUGCAGUGACGCAUGGCAAGAUGUUCCCACGGCAAGAGAUCGAUGCUGGCAGUUGGAAGUGGAAGGUCGCACGCCAGCUCGUUUGGCAGGACCAAGCCAAGCACAUCAAUGCGUUAGAGUGCGAGGCUGCGCUGAUGGCCCUGCGUUGGCGGGCCCGCUCAGUCUCGCGGCAGAUGUGCGUCUUCCCCCACCUGCUCGACAGCAUGGUGAAUAUCGGUGUUCUUGCCAAGCGCCGAUCUUCGAGCCAGCAGCUCAACAAAGUAGUGCGCGCCUUUUCCAUCCUCGAGCUGGCGCUCGGAUCGCGGGCUGUCUUUGCCUUCACCUCAUCGGCAAAGAACCCUGCGGAUGCGCCAUCCCGCUUGCCUAAUGGGUAG